AUGGCAUCAGAGAAAGAAGCUGCCUUGGCGGCAGCCCCUCCACCGGAAGAUGCUCCGACGAUAUUUGACAAGAUCGUCAACGGAGAAAUCCCAGCAACGAUCGUUUAUCAAGAUGAAAAGGUUUUGGCUUUCAGAGACAUAAACCCUCAAGCGCCAACACAUAUUGUGAUUAUCCCCAAAGUCAAAGAUGGCCUCACCGGAAUCUCCAAGGCUGAAGAAAGGCACGUUGACAUUCUGGGUCGCCUUCUUUACGCCACAAAGCUUGUUGCUAAGCAAGAAGGUCUUGAUGAUGGCUACAGGGUUGUCAUCAAUGAUGGACCUAAGGGAUGCCAGUCUGUUUACCACCUUCACAUUCACCUGCUCGGAGGACGGCAGAUGAACUGGCCGCCCGGUUAA